GUUCAUUGUUGUUGGUACUUCAUAUAAGCGCGUUUACGAACCCAGUUGGGUUUUUAGCCUGUUGUGGUUAUUUGGAGUUGGAGUCAAGAUUUGAAGCUAGAGAGAACCUAGAUUGACAUAUUGUUAUAUUCGGAAGGCAUUGUAUAAAUCUUAAAUGAAAAGCUAAUGUUUAUCACUCGAGGAGCGUACACAACAAGUAGCAACACAUCUAUUCAAACAACUGAUAAUCCGAAAAUGGUCCUUGGGUGUGGUUUUCAAUUAGACUGUCAUAUGGAAUCUUCAAAACACAACUUUGUUAAUUUGGAGGAGUUCCCCGCUCUGACGAAGUCAAAGCCAAUUAGUUUCAGUGGUGCGGCAUGGAAGAAGCAGAUUAUUCUACCGAUCGAGGACUUCAUGGAAUCAGAAAGUGCUGGUAAUGAUAGUCUAUCUGUUUUGAAAAAGAAACGCCUGAAGAAAAAGAGGAAACAAACCUUGUACAAUGAAGGCAGCACUUCUGGUGAUAGUUCUCCGACCAAAGAUAACGAUGGGUGCUUCUUCUCAAGCGAAGAAGUUAAAGAUACAGAUGUUAGUCAACUAUCGCUCUGUGAAGCCCAAUUCGAAUUCCUUAAAAGUCAGUCCUCAUCAGAUGUGUUCAAAUCUACCACAGACAAAUGCGUAUCAGAAUCUCCAGUCAUUGAAACUGUCAGUUCGCUCCAAGUUGAAGAUGAAGGUUUCGCUGAGGAACUCAUCGACUGCACUAACCACCCAUCUGUUUGCCUUCCCUUCCCAAGAAAUAAGUCUGAUGUGGUGUCUGAUUCUGUUCAGCUCCCACUUCAGGUCAAGCCUACUUGCGAAUCACAGAGAGUUACUUCUUUAUGUUCAUCACUUUAUGAAAAAGAUCAAGUUGUCCCGCUAGGCCUAAAUUACUCUGCGUCAAAUUCAGUAAAACAAUAUUCAAAACAUUUAUUAAAGCCGAAGAUUUCAACGAAUACACGUCCUAAUAUUCUGGAACAGUAUGCUCGUAGUACAAGUCCGUCUAAUCUUUUUGAUACAAAUUUAUCUUCAAAAGACACAAAUGAUUUCACCGACGAAGAUGAUAUGGAAGGCACGGAUCUACUCCAUUUAAUUAGUAAUUCAUUGGAUCGAUUCAAUGCAAUUGUCCACCCGCCAGAUAAUUUGUCAACAUUAACAUCAGGUCUAGGUGAAUCUCGAGGUAUUUUAUCAGAAAGUGACAGUAAUAGUUAUUCUCAAGAUUGCCUAUUUCCUGCUGAUAUUGUUGUAAAACCCUCAACGGAAUACAAAGCAAGUGUAAGUGUAGGACGUAGAGCUGCAGAUAUUUUUGGCAAUGUAUCACUAUCAUCUUUGAAUUCUGAUAUGAGACAAACCAUCCGUUUGUUGGAUGCGAAAAAUCCAAAAAACUAUAUGGCUUCUGCAGUAGCAGAAGAUUCAAAGUGUAACACGAGCUGCCCAUCAUUUGGACACUUGGCAUUAUCCUUGCCAUAUUCACGCUCGAAUGAAGUCACUAUUGCUUCUUAUCAACAACCUGUAGGAAAGACUACAACAUAUUAUUCCAACUAUUCGUCAGCUAUUCCAAUAGGCAAUACUUCUGGUAGUGUUCUUAAUGAACUAGUCGGUGGCAGUUCAAUACGCUCAAAUAAUAAUCUGAUGGAUAAGUCCAAAGCAUAUUGGCCAAAUUUACUUGUUAGUAGCCAAAGUAAUUCAAAGGUUUUAACGCCAUCAAUGGAAUCAUCAAACAAUUUCUUAACUGAUUUGAUUACUAACAAUAAAAAUGUACUAACGGACAAUGACAUAGAUAUGUUAAGUUAUUUGAACCUUGAUUUGGAUUCUCUUAUAACUUCUGGUCCAACAACAAUAAUGAAUAAUACUGCUGCUUCUACUACUAAUACUAUCACACCUAGUACUGCUACUAAUUCUACAGCUAGUGUCAAUCAUUCCUCUCUUCAUUCUCAGCAUCAUCGUCAUCAACAACAUUGUCUCAGUGAUGUGAGUCGAUAUGAUGAUUGUAACUGGGCUAUAAACGAUGGGAAUAAAUGCAAAUCAAUGAAUUUAUUUACUAAUAGUGCAGAAGAUGAAAAUAUGUGGAACAGUAACAAAUCAUUUCAUUCUAAUAUACCAAUGCUUAAAACACAAUCAUCAGUAAGGCAACCAUUGCAAAGUGCACACCAGUCCAUUGUGUCAUCAUUACCUUCUAGUUUAUUGUUAUUACAACAUCCUAAAAAUACAUCAACAAGCUCAAUAGAUAUGAUGAAGUAUGACAGUGCAAAUAGCAAUCCAGACAAAAUUUUUAUAAAUUCAUGUGAUAAUAAUAUAAUGUUUAGUUCAAAAUGUGUUAGUAUUCCUAGUAAUAGAAAUGGCAAGACUCAUCCUACUCCGUCAUACUCGCUUACAUCUGGCCGUUGGUGUACUGAAUCUUCGAAUAACUUGGAAUGUGUUUCAAAGGAAAUGUUGCUAUCAGCACGCUCACAUUCGGCUGGUUAUCAUCAGAGUACGUCUGUCUGUACAACAUCGUCAACUCCAUUUUCUAUCAACCAAACACCAUCUACAGUCAUUAUGAGUCAUUCUGUAAUCACGCCAAAUAACUCUACCACAAACUGUUUACCAAUAAUUGGGCACUCUGCGUCAGCGUCAUCUAAUAAGGUGAAAGGUGGUCUACCCCCUAUAUGCAAUAGUUCUACCGUAAGAAAUCACAAUGGACCACAAGACGGACAUCGAAAUACACACUGUCGACGACAUAAUAAUAGCAUGACUGCAGGACUUGGCAAUAAUUCAGUCUCAUCAAUAUCUGUUUUGAAUACAGUAAAGUCCUCAAAUGGUUUAUCAAAUUCAACAUCAAAUUCUCAUCUGUCUAACAGCAAAUCACUUACACAUAGUCAUUCAAGUAAUCAGGCAACAGCAGUAACAACUGACUCCACGUCAUUAUGUCCUGGUACAGAACUAGUCAAUGGAAAACCAGUUGUGGCCAAGUGGCGUCGAGCAUGUAGUUUUUAUUUACGUGGACAUUGUAAAAAAGAGGACUGUGAAUUCGCACAUGAUUUGACAAAGGUGACUUGUAAAUUUUGGGAAAUGGGUGAGUGUUUCAAAGGAUCAACCUGUCCAUUUCUACAUGGCUAUCCACCAGAAUUGACUAUGGAGUAGUAAUCAUUUAGUAUAAUAUUCAUCGCAGCUCCCAUUCUUUGUUCAAUUUUUCCCCCCACUCUGAAGUGUAUUUUCUCAAAACGCGCGUGUCUUUAAGAAUUCAUGUUUAAUCAAGUUUAUGAAUUAGUCUAUUGGUGUUUUCAGUUAUUAUGUCAAAGGGAGAUGAAAAGAUUAUUACAGAGUAGAAAGAAAAAGGCGGCGCGACAACGACAAGUUUUUAACUGCAUUUUAUAACUUUCUUCUUUUUUAUAUGAAGUAUAAUUUGCAUCCCUUUGUACACAUUUUGGAGGUAUAUUUUUCAAUGGCUUUCUUUAACAGUGAUGAUAUGCUUGUACCCCAAAGCCCUGGUCAUCACAGAAAGGAAUAGAAAUGUUCAUAAACAUUUUGUCUUUGUUCACCUGCGCGUAUUACAUCUAUGAAUUGUUUUAAGAUUGUCUGACUAGCUUAAAACAAAAGAGAAUUACUAUUAUUAAUAUUAUUAUGCCUUGUUAUUACUAUUACUAAUAUCAUUAAUAUUAUGAUAUACUUUCACUUACCGUUUUUCUGCCAAAUGUUUAUAAAAAUUUCUUGAUAUUUAAAACAACUCAGAAACAAACUGCUGCUCAUCUUCUUUUUUUAAACAAAAGAAAAUCCUGUCGAGGAAACUACUCUUUAAGAAAACAAGGAGGCAAUAUAAUUUCAAAGUUUACCACCUCUAUCCCUUUUAUAUCUUAUACAUGUGAAAGUACUUGUGUUGUCUUACCUUUCACUUUUUAACAAAAAGAAUACCGGCCAUGAAACUAAUUUAUUAUUUCCACAUUCAGAAUCUCAUCUCUUCUUUAUUUUAUAAUUGCUGUUAUUAAUUCGCUUUCCUUUUCACAGUUGCACGUAUCCUUGAGUUGGUAUAAAAUAGGCUCUAAUCAUCGUUUUCUCAUUCUGUAUACUCCGAUGAGAGAGACAGAGAGAUAACAGAAGCCUACUUUGCUUGAAGGAAGAUAUGAUUACUUCCUUUAGAAUUUUAUUCUUCUUUUUCUUUUUUUUAAUAAACAAGAUUUCCCCCUAAUAUAUUUCCCUAAUAUAUUUAUUUCUUCAAGAUAAUUUGUUAACUUCAAUUUAUAUAAUAUUUUAGGUUAUAUAUAUGUGGUGUGUGAAUGACCAAACAGGUUUCCAUACUUUGUAGGCAUUUGAACGGUCAGACAUUUUAUCAGUGUGGUGAAUGUUUCUCUGCUGUUUUAUUAUUUCUUUCUCUCGCUCCGAGUAUUUGUCUCUUUUCUUCUGGUGAUCUCACCAACAUCACAAGAAACUAUUUCAUUCACCACUUAGUGAAAAAGUUUGGAUCAGGGCAUAUCGAUAGGAUGAAGCAAUAAAAUAACCCUAAUAUUUAGAUAAUAAUAUUAAUAUUAAUAAUAUGUGUUUUUUUGUACUAUUACUACUACUACUGCUACUACUCUAAGUUUGCUUUUUUCUGGAAUUUCUUCAAUAUUUGAUUACUGAACAAGAGAGAAGGAGUUGAACGUUGAAUGUGUACACAGAUAUCUCACUAUACUUUCUUAUUUCAAUUUAUUUCGGAUUUGAAAUUUUAAGAGAAAUGAGGAGAAAGAAAACCUUUAAUUAUUAAUAUUAUUCCGUUUGUUUUUAUCUAUCUACUUAUUUAUUUAUUUAUUUAUUGUCCUGGUGUCUCAGGUACACAUUCCUAAGAUGCACUCUCCUCUUAUUUUUUUUCCUCUAUCUCUCUCUCUCUCUUUAAGCAUUUAUUUUUCCCCUCAUUUCCUCGUCUCCUCUUCAAAAUACAAUAUAGAGAGAAAUAUUAAUUAAUAUGUGUUCAUAAUAUCAUCCGAAUAUUUUGAAUAUUGCAGCAUCAAUUUGUUGAAGGUAAGAGAAGAAAACUGUUUGGAGGACGUCAGUUUAUUCUCCCUCUCUUUCCGUGUCUCUAUCUAUAUUCCUCCAACUUUUGUGCAAAUGUAUUCACUGAUUAUAUAGAAUUCUGGUUCAUCCUUUUUUUCUGUUUCGUAACCUCUAAUAUUCUGUUGUUCCGUUAUUUGUGUAUGUGUGUGUACGUGUGUCUGUGUAUCUCUAAGACCAGCAAUCGCUAAUCCGUUUAGUCAACAGCUAUUUCCUUGUCGGAUUUAUGUAUUCAUCACCAGGUACCUGUCUACAACUCCUCUUCUCUCCUUCAAUCUUCUACUCGCUGCUGCUGCCGAUGAUGAUGAUGAUGAGGUGUCUGCCUUAACACUGAAGCAGAGAGUAUGGACUAUUUAAGAAAAAAAAGAUGAAAGGAGUUAUGUGUUAUAUAUUUCAAUUCUCUCGAUCUCUUUCACCUCCCAUCAAUUAUUAAGAUGUAAUAAUUGCUCAGUUUAAAAAAAAGGGAAUAAGUUUACAUUGUGCAACACACAUAAUAUAUACAUAUAUGUGAACAAAAAACUAUUAUCCUGUUUUCCUUUUUUUCAUAUGAAGAAAAAAAUACUUUGCUCAAAAUUGUUGUGUGAAUUCUGUACUUCUCUAAAGUAGUUCUUCGGGCUGUUUAAUUACAGUGAUGGUUUUAGCUAAGAAAUAAGCGGUUAGAAGAAAGCGGUAAGAGUGCACACUACCACUGUCUACGAUCGCAUGUAUAUACGAACAAGAUCAUUCUGUUGUAUUCCUUGUCGGUAAUUCUCGCCUUGUUAUUACGUAGUUGUUCUAAUUUUUCUAUUCGACAUUUGUUCUAAUAUCUGGUAGGCUGUAAGAAAACUGUGCGAAAAAAAUAUAUGCGAUGUGAUUAUUACCCAGUAGCUUUCUUUCUACACUAUAAUCAGUGGGUGUAAAGGUGAAUUUUUCAUGUCAGAAAACACAAAUAUUGUAAUACUCUAAAGUGAAUUUCUACUUGCAAGAGAUAUGCACAACUGUCAGCCGUGCUAACUCCUCUCCAACAUGGAGACUAACAUCUCUCUAAAUGGCUGGAAAUAAUCAUGAACUAUGUUGAUUGACUUUGGGUUUAGAUGUAACUGUAACUGUCGCGGUAUGUUUUUGGCAGACAGUAACUCAAACGUAUUUGGUACACACUGAACUAGUCUGACUGGAGUUUGAAAGCUUUAUCCAUU